GGUGCUCCUCGGUCCUGCUACUGUUUAUUUAAGCACCUUGGACAACUCCGCUCCACAGCAGAGAGCACUGCAGAGGUGGAAUCGGGUUUAUGCGUAAACUACGUAAAAUCCGCACGGAAGUACCGAAUGCUGCACUGUGGCUGGGCUGCCUCGUCUUCGCCCUUUGUUGGGGAUGUUGUGCUGACGGUUAACCGUUUCAGGGUUUUGCCCGCGUCGCUUUAUGCUAGAUCCCCCCCAUCUCUCCUUGCCGCCAGGAUAUCAGAGGUGUUAUGGAGGCAGAUUUAGAGUGAUGCGUUGUGCUUCGUAUUCAUCCUUCGCUUGAUCGGGUUUCACUGGAUUGGCCGAGGCGAAUGCCAUUCAAUAGGUCUCUCCCAGCGUGCAUGGGCUGCGGUAUAAACAGCAUGGCCAUCGCACAUUCCAGUGAUUCUAAAUAUAUCUAUUAAGGCCACAGGAGGGGGAGGACUUGUGUAGGGGGGUUUAUCCUGGGACGUUUCACUGUCGUGGUGAACUCGCACCACUUGAAUCAUCUUCAGGAGAUUGACAAUCGGCUGCUGCGCCCACAGAGGAGAGCUUGGCCCUAUCCAAAACAAUGCCCUCGAGUUACAAUGUGAGAUCUAGGGCGCGGGAGAGAAACAGCGUCCUGAGCAGACCGGAGUUCGUAUCCCUGAACCAGCCUCCCCGCGGCGGUGGCGCCGUCGGCGGCGGCGGUGCUGGCGGCCCCUCCGAGAGCCGAGGCGGCGCAAGGCGACCGGGUCAAAUCAAGCACCAAACAAGCCAGCCGAGUGAAGAGCCCGCCGACAAUGGCACCAAAAUGCCAGAGGAAGACUGCAUGCAGCUGAACCCUUCAUUCAAGGGGAUAGCGAUUAACUCCCUCCUCGCCAUCGACAUCUGCCUGUCCAAGCGCAUGGGGGCGUGCGCCAACACGUCCUCCUCCUGGGGAGGCUGCCGCUCCAUGGUGGGCAUGUUGGCGCUCACGGGGCACGGCAUCACGUGGAUCAUUGGCACUAUCGUGUGCCUCACGAGGAGUAACACUCUGGCAGGGCAAGAGGUGCUGGUCAACCUGCUGCUUGCCCUCAUUGUUGACAUCCUGACGGUGGCUGGAGUCCAGAGGCUGGUGAAGCGCAAAGGACCUUGGGAGAUGGCACCGAGCUUCUUGGACUGCAUUGCGAUGGACCUCUACUCCUUCCCCGCUGCUCAUGCCAGCCGGGCCGCCAUGGUCUCCAAGUUCCUGCUAUCUCACCUGGUCCUGGCUGUGCCGCUACGCAUCCUGCUGGUGCUGUGGGCCCUCCUGGUGGGUGUGUCCCGGGUGCUGCUGGGGAAACACCACCUAACUGAUAUGGUGUGUGGCUUUGCGCUGGGCAUGCUCCACUUUAGCUUGAUGGAGACGGUGUGGCUCUCAUCAAGCACCUGUCAGAAUAUUAUUUCCAUCAGCACGCUCAGCUGGAGCCCCUUUUUCUGAGCUUUUGAUAGAAGGCUAUGCUUGCACACAAGGCUUAUUUGAUACACUAACCUCACAAUGUCAGGGACUUAGCUCUGAUGGAGUUAUUUUUGUAAAGGUUUGAAGUUCUUAUCGUAGGGUGUGAAUAGAGAAGCAUUCAUAUUUAGGAAUCAGAUGCUGGCUUGCAUGUAACACCGAAGACAGGCGGGUCGCAAGACAUCACGAAACCUUCAUAAUGCUUCACAAAUCCUAGUAGCUUCAGUCAAACCUACUAAAACGCACCUCUACUGCUCCUUAACAUUAAUUAAGUGCUGACGAUAAAAGGAGAAUUAAGACAACUGCAAACUCACAAUGAUUUGGCCAUAGGAUUUUUGAAGAUUUCUUUCCUUGUUUUCGAUUUGUGAUUCUCGUGCAGUAUGAAAGCUGAUACCAUUUAUCCAUAACUGAACCCCUUUCUAUUCAACAAAUCCUCUCUUCAGUCUCUGUGCCGCUUCCUCUUUGCCAUCUUACUUCCCUUUACGUCCUCCUUCCCUGCUAUCUCUUCCUCUUUUCUCAUUUGUUUUGAAUAUUCACGUUUUUCUUUUUUGGAACAGUGAUAUAAUUAAACUACGUUGGACACUGAAUAGUUUGGUCUGAGGCUAUACUAUUGGAUGUAACACAAAACUAUUUAAAGUGGAUGUUGCUUGGAUAUUCCACAUUCUUCCUUCCUUGGCAUGACUAUUAUGUUUGUAUAUUUCUGACGGGAUUCUGUUCUUCUUACCGAAUGUUUAUCAAAUAUGAACUUUUUGGAUGCCACUGAAUUUAGCUGCUCGUGUAAAACAAAUGUCACACUUGCGCAGAAUUGAUUAUUUUUCUCAUGGGGUCAAGUAUCAUUUCCUUAUAAUGUGCCAUUUAUGCUUUAAUGAGUUUAAUGUUUUUUUUAUCGCAGCUAUUUCUCCUCAGCUCUUUCAUUUCAGGCUGCUGCAGUCAGCACAUCAACCUAAAAGAUGCUUAUCUAUGGUCAAUGAUGCUGAUUCUGUGCCCCACAAAACAACUGAAGUGUGUGUGUGUGUGUGUGUGUGUGUGUGUGUGUGUGUGUG